AUGGGUGCGUGCAGCUGUCGUCCUCGCGACAGCCAGGUGAACGCUGGUUCGAUCCUCGACCGGGUCAUCAGCCAGGCCAGCAACGAGGACCAAUGCCUGCUGUAUCGUUUAGCCAACUACAAGAAAGGAGGCGAGCUGAUCGAUGCUUACAACCGUGGAGGCCAAUCAGAAGUGGAGAGACUCAUCAAGGGACAAUUCGGAAUACUGAUGUACGCUGAUGGCAAAGGACAGGUGAUCAACCGGGCCGAGUACCUUCGCUGGAAAUUCCGCGAUCUCGAGCAAGUGGUUCUCCCAAUCGAGGCAUCACUUAGUCGAUUUGAUCCACUUGCCCAGUGGAAUGAUCACGAGGCAUGCUGGCAGAUGCAGUACCGAGGCUCCCUAGGCGAAACUCUUCUUCACGUUCUCAUAAUAUGUGAUACAAGGAGUCACACGAGAAUUGCACGUAUUCUACUCAAGUGCUUCCCAAGAUUGGCCAUUGACGUUGUCGAGGGUGAGGAGUACCUCGGUGCUGGUGCACUUCAUCUUGCAAUUGCAUACAACAACAAUGAACUUGUUCAGGAUCUCGUAGAGGUUGGGGCUAUUGUAUCGCAGAGAGCUAUUGGGAGUUUUUUUCUACCUAAAGAUCAGCAGGGCAACACACCAGCCAGGAGCACUGAUUACGAGGGCCUAGCUUAUCUCGGCGAGUAUCCGCUUGCUUGGGCUGCUUGUUGUGCUAAUGAGAGUGUUUACAAUCUUCUGCUUGACUCGGGCGCUAAUCCUGAUGAUCAGGAUUCGUUUGGGAAUAUGAUACUUCAUAUGGUGGUUGUUGGCGACAAGCUGGACAUGUUCGGCUAUGCCCUGCGUCAUCCAAAAUUUCCAGCACGAAAUGGAAUCGCCAACAAUGCUGGAUUUACGCCGCUAACACUCGCCUGUCAACUGGGACGUGCCGAGGUAUUUCGUGAAAUGCUCGAGCUAUCUGCACGCGAGUUUUGGAGAUACAGCAACAUCACGUGCUCUGCGUAUCCGCUCAAUGCACUGGAUACACUUCUUCCUGAUGGCAGAACGAACUGGAAUUCAGCGCUAUUUAUAAUCCUUAAUGGAACCAAGGAGGAGCACUUGGACAUGCUGGACGGGGGGAUAAUUCAGCGUCUUCUCGAGGAAAAAUGGAAGACCUUUGCAAGGUUGCAGUUUCUCAAGCGUCUUAUAAUUCUCGUAUUUCACCUGACAACCCUGUCACUCGCUGUAUAUCAACGUCCAGCCGAAAUGGAUGCUGAGUUGAUGGCGUGGCCGGAGGAGUUGACAGAUGUUGGCAGAACAAUUGCUGAGUGUGUCACUGUACUCGGGGUUGUUGGCUAUAUUCUCCUUCAGUUGGGGGGAGAGAUUGUCAAUAUUGGGCCGAUAUCGUUUUUGAAACAGUUGACACACGAACCCGCCAAGUUUAUAUUUGUAAUCAGCAAUCUACUUAUACUGGCUUGUAUACCAUGUCGUUUAGCUGGUAAUCGACACGCUGAGGAUGCCAUUCUCGUUGUUGCUGUGCCCGGCUCGUGGUUUCUACUCAUGUUCUUUGCUGGAGCUGUGAGGCUGACGGGGCCGUUCGUCACUAUGGUCUACAGCAUGAUAACGGGAGAUAUGUUGACCUUCGGCAUCAUCUACAUGGUUGUCCUGUUUGGAUUCUCCCAGUCCUUUCAUUUUCUCUACAAGGGCUUCCCCAGGGUCCAGUCCAGCCUCUAUCACUCUUAUCACUCGACUUGGAUGGCCCUGUUUCAGAUCACAUUGGGGGAUUACAGUUAUGGAGAUUUGAGUGAUACGGCAUAUCCGAAUUUGAGUAAGACUGUGUUCGCUAUAUUUAUGGUCCUUGUACCCAUUCUUCUUCUCAACAUGUUGAUCGCCAUGAUGGGAAACACUUAUGCACAUGUUAUUGAGCAGAGUGAGAAGGAAUUCGUGAAGCAGUGGGCGAAAAUUGUGGUAUCGCUGGAGCGAGCUGUGUCGCAGAAAGACGCCCACAAUUAUCUUCAAGAGUACAGCAUAAAGUUGGGUCCGGGCGACGACCCGAAUAAUCCAGCCUCGGAGCAACGAGGUGUCAUGGUGAUAAAGAGCAAAUCCAAGACUAGGGCAAGACAGAGAAAAGGCGCUGUCGCUAAUUGGAAGCGAGUUGGCAAAGUAACAAUUGCUGAAUUGAAGAAGAGGGGAAUGAGUGGAGAGGAGCUCAGGUGCAUUAUGUGGGGCAGAGCGUCCAUUUCAACACCAGUGAGGCGAAGUCCUCACAUGGGUGAGCCAGAAAUCUCAGCGUCAGCGGGCGUGACUGGUGCCUUUGGUGAUGCUCUGACUGCAGCACUAGAUGUAAUGGCCUUUGCCCACGACAUUGACCUGGCUAGUGCUACCGAGGGAAUACCAACUACAGAUGCUGCAUCCAAAGCAAAGUCACAACAGGCCAAAGUUCCAAUGUCCACCUCAACAACUGCAAAUCAAACCGAUACUCAAGUGCAGUCUUGCGAUACAAAUCACAAAAUCGAGGAGCAGGCAACUGUUACAAAAGUUAAAAAUACAGGAAUUGAAAAUACCGUCAAGUUAUCGUCAUCGCUGCAAAAAAAUCAUGAAAAUACCGAUAAACUCGAUCCUCUCCUGAAUCUGGUGAUCGCCUCGGAGUCGCCGGACUCACACAAAGAGCAACUACUCAAAAUGGCGAAGGAGGCGAGAAUAGCCAGUGAGCCAAAAGUGGCCCUCGAUUCACAAAUACUGGAGACUUUUGGCCUCGGUAAUUUUAUCGCCCCAGGGGGCAAUCCCGAGCCAGAAACCAAGGAGAAGAAGUACAUGGCUGAAUCCAGUGACAAUGACAUAUGCGGCAGCUCAAAUCUCUUGGGAGCUGAAUCCCGUCUGCGUCGUAUUCGUUCAGCGAGCCUGCGUUACUCCUCAUCAGCCCAUCAGCGCCGUUCAAGCCGUCCAGCCACCCUAGAAUCCUCCUCAUCCGCCGACGAACAGCCCACGUACCCCUCCCGCCACUCCACACAGCCACUCCCGACUCCCCCGACCCAAGUCAAUGGAUUCCCGGAUCUCCAGCAGACGCCAGAUAACAAAACUAAUCCCGAUGAUUGCCGGCAGAAUGAAAAGAAUGGGGAACAUCGUGUCAAUAAGCAUCACAAGCGUCGUCCCAAAACCGCCAAGAACAGGGUUGCACCAUCAAAAUUAAUUACCGAUGUCCAUGAAAAUAGUAAGAAAAAUGGCGCCAUGACACCGUCAUCGCCCACGGAUCCACUUGAGCCGUGGAGCACUCGCGGCAUCAGCGAUAUGAAUACCCUAUUAGCAUGGCGAGAGAAUGGCUUGGACAGCCCUUAAUGGAACAUUAUUUUCAAGUGAUUUGAAUUGUAAUGAUAAUUUCGAGAAAAAAUUCAACCUUCUGCAUUUGUACUUCAACCUGUGGGUUGAGGAUGUUGGGUUUGAUGAACAGUUUUGCCUUUUUUGGGUCAUUCAUGGAUAUUCAAAUAGAUCAGAGUUUGUAAAAUACACCAAGAGUUUUUCUUAAGGCGCAAUAUCAACCUCAGUUUGCCAACAUUCUUUCGAGAAAACGAUUUUUUAAAAUGAAAUUUAACAUAUUGUGUUAAAUUCAAUUCGGUAGGUCAUAGUCUUAAACCGUUUUCUCGUACAUAUAAUCGUGUAUGACUUUGUUAGUAAUUCUCUCUAGUUUUUUUGCGACAUUAAGGUGUUUUCCUCACACGAAUUUCAUGUUUGCUUUUUAAUUCUUU